AUGUUCAUGGCGAACCGACGGCGCCUCCAAGUUCUGACCCGCCACGCCUCAGCCCUCUUCUCCACAAACACUACAUUCCAGUCCCUCCAAACUCCACCUCCCCUCCCCAUCUAUCAACCCCUCAAAACCCUCACCUCCAAAUUUCCUCUCAUUUUCACCAACCCCGAUCCCAAUUGGUCGCAAACCCGCCAUUUCUCGUCGAGCCGAGUCGGAGAUGUGAAUGAAGACAAUGAGCAUAGUGAAGAAGAAGAUGAUGAUGACGACGAUGACGAUUAUGAUGAUGAUGAUGAAGCAGUUGGGGACAGUGAGGACGAUAGUGUUUCUGGGUGUGGCUCGAAAAGGGAGUAUACUGCGGAGGAGAAAGAGGCGGAGGCCGCCGCUAUUGGGUACCAAGUGAUUGGGCCUCUUCAGAAAUCUGAUCGGGUUUUCAAACCGUAUGAGCCGGUUUUCGCUGUGGUUCAGAUUGGUUCGCAUCAGUUCAAGGUUAGCAAUGGGGACUGCAUUUUCACUGAAAGAUUGAAGUUCUGUGAAGUGAAUGAUAAGUUAAUAUUGAACAAGGUUCUCUUGCUGGGCUCAAGUAGUCAGACAAUAAUCGGUAGGCCCCUACUACCAGAUGCAGCAGUUCAUGCAGUUGUUGAGGAGCACGCAUUAGAUGCAAAGGUAAUUAUUUUUAAGAAAAAGAGAAGGAAGAAUUACCGUCGAACCAAAGGACAUCGCCAGGAAUUGACGAAGUUGAGGAUAGUUGAUGUUCAAGGGAUUGAGAAACCAGAAGUCCCUGAAAAGCCUCCAAAAGCACCUGGUAAGAAGCCAGAAAAGGUUGCCGUUGCUGCUUAG